AUGGCACCGUACAUGAGUCAUGGAAGUUCCUCGUCUGAGAUCAGCUCUCCAGUGGACGGCAUGCGUUCGCCUAGAGGAGGGCCAGCAGAUCCAGUCGCAGUUAUCGGUAUGAGCUGCAAGUUCUCUGGCGAAGCGACAACACCAGAAAAGCUCUGGCAGCUUGUUGUUGACGGUAGAGACGGCUGGACGACCAUACCAAAGUCGAGAUUCAAUGCAGAUGCCUUCUACGAUAAAAACCAUUCGAAAAUUGGAAUGUACGGAGCAGACUGGUCUCUGAUAGAAGAGCUCCAACGCGACCAAAAGUCCACGCGCGUAAACGAGCCUCGUCUCAGUCAGCCCGUUUGCGUUGCCCUCCAGGUCUGCUUGGUUGACCUUCUCAACUCUUGGGGCAUUCAUCCCAGUGCCGUCGCCAGUCACUCAAGCGGUGAAAUCGCCGCAGCAUACGCAGCAGACGCGUUGACGUUUGAGGAAGCCUUGGGCGUGGCCUACUUCCGAGGUCGCCUGACAGAGAAGCACCAUAGUACAUCUAGAGUUCCUGGAGGCAUGAUGGCCGUAGGCUUGAGUGUCGAAGACGCAUUGUCCUAUAUGGCGGACCAUGGUGUCAGUCAGAGUACUGUGACUGUGGCAUGCGUCAAUAGUCCCUCAAGCGUCACACUGUCGGGAGAUCUUGACGUGAUUGAGCGUCUUGAGAAAGACCUUUCUCGGGAUCAGAUCUUUGCGCGGAAGUUAAAGGUCAAAUCGGCGUACCACUCUCACCACAUGCUACCAAUGGCACAGGAAUAUUUGAAGGCUCUUCAAGAUAUCAUUCAGCCAAAGCUCAAGUGGCACAAGAUUGUUUACUCUUCUCCCGUCACUGGGGACCUCAUUGACAGCCCCGAGAAGCUUGGCCCCCAGCACUGGGUCAACAAUCUGCUCCAGCCGGUGCAAUUCUCAAAAUCUUUUGAGAAUAUGUGCUUUGCGACGAAUGCCGAGGAACCUGCCGUUGAUUUCAUUCUAGAAGUCGGUCCGCACUCUGCUCUCGCAGGCCCGAUUAGGCAGAUAUGCAAAGCUCCUAUCCUGAAGGGUAUCAACCUACCAUACGCGUCCGGUCUAGUCAGAGGCCGGAACGCCGGAGUAACAAUGCAAUCUGCUGCAGGAGCUUUGUGGUGUGCGGGCUAUCCCGUUGAUAUAGCAGCCGUCAACUGCCAACAAUCUCGCGAGAAUCUCCGCGUCAUCGCAGACCUUCCUCCUUACCCCUGGAACCACUCCAACCGCUUCUGGCAAGAAUCGCGUUUGAACGUUGCCCAUAGGCAUCGGAAGCAUGUACGCAACGAACUCAUCGGUUCCUUGCUGCCCGGUCCUGCAUCUACAAGUCCGAUGUGGAGGCAUUUUCUCAAGACUUCUGACUUGCCUUGGCUCCGAGAUCAUCUUGUGCAGUCGGACAUUGUAUACCCAGGUGCCGGCGGUAUCACCAUGGCGAUCGAAGCCCUGCGUCAGUUCUCUGAGGUGCCUGAAGAGUUUAUCGAUGGAUACUGUCUGAGAGAUAUCCAGAUCAGCAACGCAUUGGUCAUUCCAGACACCGAGGGAGGCAUUGAGGUUCAGUUAUUUUUGCACCCAUGCAACAACAAGAAUCUGGAACCAGGCUGGUACGAGUUCUCACUAAAGUCACCAAGCUCUGACGGCGAGUCUUGGACUGAACACAUCAACGGCUACAUCUCUCAGCGGCAGAAGUCAAAUAUCUCCAUCGCUCCGAUGCCAAUUUCAAACGGCGAAAAGGAAGAUCUCGAGGAAGAUUACUCACGCAAUGUCGAAUCUGACGUUCUCUUUGCACGACUGAGGAAAAUGGGACUUCACCAUGGUACGACAUUCCAAAACAUGCUCAACAUCCACGCUAGUGACUCGGGAUCGAAAUUCCAGUUCAAGGUUGCAGAUGUGAAGUCUGCCGGUAGUCAUCUGCUCCAUCCCACAACGUUGGACUCGAUCUUCCAGGGCGCGUAUGCUGCCUUGCCUGUCGAGUCUUUCCAGAACUCAAUGGUAAUGCCCCGGGCCAUAGAGGAGAUCUUUGUUUCACAGCUCAUCACCUCGUCGCCCGGGACACGGUUCGAGUCCCAUGCAACUGUCGAUCAUCUUGACAGGUCCGGCUUCCGGUCUUCGGUUGCCACUUACGACGUUUCUGUCCCGGGCACAACCCUUUUAGAAGUCAAGGGUCUCUUCUGCCAGGCUGUGGGAGGCAUCGGCGAGGGCCAUGAUAGCCACGAGCCGCCGAAGCUUCUUUUCAAGAUGCACUGGCAUCCUGACGUGACGCUCAUGCCAGUAUCAACUUUGAAAGAUCCGCUCAAGUAUAAGAUUGACUCCAAAGAACUUUCCGUCAACAAGAAGCUGGUCCGGGCAGCGUGGUACUUCAUCCAAGACGCAAUUCAAGACUUGAUUGCAGAUGAGGCCGCACUUGCCAAUAUGGAGUGGUAUCACAAAUCGCUCUACAGCUGGAUGCAAUGCAACUAUGAAGCUGGACUUGACGGCACCUUGGCGCGCGGAAGCGCCUCGUGGGCCAAGACGAGCAAGGGCAUGAAGCAUAUGCUGUUAGACGAAGUUGCUUCGGAGAGUGUGAACGGACGCUUGCUGUGUCGCAUCGGCAGAAACCUAUCCAAGAUCUUGAGAAAGCAAGCUGCGCCGCUAGAAGUCAUGAUGGAGGGCAAUUUGCUCUACGAGUUCUACGGCAAAGCUCUUCGUUGCAAUCGGUCCUACGAACAAGUACGAAAGCUUAUCCACCUUUACUCAAUGAAGCAUCCUCGUGCCAAGGUUCUCGAGAUUGGAGGCGGUACUGGUGGAUGCACAGGAUCAGUCCUGAAGGGACUUUCUGAGGAUACACCCGACGGCCGGUACCGCUUUUCAUCGUACACAUUCACCGACGUCUCAACUGGAUUUUUUGAAGCUGCGUCGAAGAAGUUUGCGAGCUACGGCGAUAUGAUCAAUUUCAAGAAGCUUGAUAUUGAAACCGAUCCCGUAGAGCAGUCCUUCGAGGCUGGCUCGUAUGACCUCAUCAUCGCCUGCCAAGUGCUCCAUGCCACCAAGAACAUGGAGACGACGAUGAAGCACGUCCGCAAGCUUCUCAAGAAUGGGGGAAAGUUGAUCCUCGUCGAAACCACAAAAGACACGCUUGACGUCCAACUUGUCUUUGGGACACUACCAGGCUGGUGGUUGGCAGAAGAACCCGAACGCAGAGGAGGCCCGAACUUGACACUUAGUCAUUGGGGCAGGGUUCUCGAGAACAGCGGAUUCAGCGGCAUCGACUUGGAUGUUCGAGACAUGGAGGACGACGAGAACUAUUCUUUCAGCGUCAUGACUUCUACGGCAACCACCACGCCUUCAUACCCUCAUGAAGUUGCCAUCCUAAGCCCAUUAAGGGGAAUGCCAAUGAACUGGACGAACGAGCUUGAGAAAGCGAUUCAGUCCACCACGGGUGCUCUAACCACAACUUCAGACUGGACGUCUAUCGAUGCCACGGGCAAAGUAUGCAUCAUGCUUGUUGAAAUGAUCGCUCCCUUCUUAAGUCGGCUGGGUCGAGAGGAUUUCGUACGCAUUCAACGUUUGUUGACGACUGCUCGAGGCGUAUUGUGGGUGACACGAGCCGGCCUCAUCGACGGGACUGAGCCUGAGAUGGGUUUGCAUUCUGGUCUUCUACGAACACUACGAAUGGAAGACGCCGGCCGGCGAUACGUCUCCCUCGAUCUCGAGACUACUGAGUCACCUUGGUCUACCAAAAAUGCGGGCUUCAUUGUGGAUGUUCUCAAGGCUUCAUUCGACUUCUCUUUCGCCCAGCAGGAGAUCGACUGUGAAUACGCUGUUCGAGGCUCGCUACUCCAUGUGUCACGUAUCUACAACCACGACACGGAGAACAGGGCUUUGGCACCAGAAACCUUCGAGCUCGAGCCGGAGCUCAAGGAGUUCAGACCCACUGACCCAACCAUGGAUCUGAAAAUGGAGGUUGGCAUCCCUGGGCUUCUAGACUCAUUGCGGUUCAGAGAAGUCGAACAUUGUGAUGCGGCGCUGGAGGCCGACCAGAUUGAGAUCGAACCUCGCGCUUUUGGUCUCAACUUCAGAGACGUGCUCGUCGCGCUUGGCCAACUUGACGAGACCAUCAUGGGCUAUGAGUGCAGCGGGAUCGUUACUAGACUUGGCUCAGAAGCGAAGGAAGCCAGUGGUCUGAGCGUCGGGGACCGAGUUUGCGCCAUUCUCCGUGGCCACUGGGCGACGAGGGUCUCUAUCAACUGGCCAUGUGCCGUUCGGAUUCCCGAUAACAUGUCGUUUGAGGAAGCGGCAACGAUCCCCAUGGUGUUUGCCACGGCGUAUUAUGGUCUAUAUGAUGUUGGCAGGCUUGCCAGAGGCGAGACUAUACUUGUCCACGCCGCAACCGGGGGAGUUGGGCAAGCUGCCGUGAUGCUUGCUAAGCAACGGGGCGCCAAAGUCUUUGUCACAGCUGGCAUCGAUGCAAAACGCGACUUUGUCAUGAAGGAGUUUGGCAUCCCCAAAGAACACGUUUUCUCGAGCAGAGACACAUCUUUCGGUCCCGCUCUCAUGGCAGCCACCAACGGCAAAGGAGUCGAUGUCGUACUUAACUCGCUCGCCGGCCCGCUGCUGAAGGAGACGUGGAACUGCAUGGCACGAUUUGGACGCUUUGUGGAGAUUGGAAAGCGGGACAUGGAAGCAGCGAAAAGCCUGGACAUGAGCCCUCUGCGACGUGCCGUCUCUUUCGCCGCGGUGGACGUAUUCCAACUGGGCAAGUACAAGGGCGGCGUUCUUCAAGACGCCCUCUGCGGCGUCAUGGAGAUGUUCGGGAAGAAGCAGCUUCGGGCUGUAGCUCCAGUGACAACCUUUUCUGUGUCAGAUGUAGACAAAGCCUUCAGAUUGAUGCAGAGCGGCAAGCACAUGGGCAAGAUAGUUGUCGUACCGAAGAAGACGGACUUGGUCAAGGUUGUUUCUUCUCCAAAAGCAGCACGCCUGUCAUCUGACGCGUCAUACCUCAUCGUGGGCGGCAUGGGCGGCAUCGGCCAGUCUAUUGCACGAUGGAUGGCUAGGCAUCUCGGUUGCAGGAACCUAAUCAUUCUUUCCCGGAACGCAAGCAAGCAUGACGACUGCGCGCCCCUCAUCGCAGAACUCGAGUCAUUAGGAUGCAGAACUAUGGUCCGAGACUGCGAUGUGUCAUGUGAAGCUGAUUUCAGGCGUGUCAUUGCCGAUUCUGGGGGGAGAUAUCCGCCUGUUAGAGGAGUGAUACAGGCUGCCAUGGUAUUAAACGUAAGUUGUGGCGCCGUCCGUCAAACCAAAAGUGCUGCCCCCCAGACUAAAGACCUGCAACAGGACUCCAUCUUCCCGAACAUGAGGUAUGAACAGUGGCUGGCUGCCACAAGCCCCAAGAUUUCAGCGACCUGGAACAUCCACAACAAUCUCCCAGAUCUCGACUUUCUGGUCAUGCUCUCAUCCUUGACGGGCCUUGGGGGCAAUACAAGUCAGGCUAACUACUCCGCCGGCGGAACUUUCCAAGACGCCUUCGCCAAAUACAGAACCUCGCAAGGCUUGCCCGGAGUUUCUAUCGACUUAGCUAGCAUCCAGGAAGUCGGCUUCGUAGCCAACACAGAAGGGGUUGCGGACCGCUUGACCAAGACUGGUCUCGCUGACAUUGACGAAGCUACCCUGCACAAGAUCGUUGAGACGGCCAUCCAAAACCCGCGCCGGCCAGUCGACCUCAGCCAGCUCAUUACGGGAAUCUUAGAGUUUGACGAGACCUCCACGGUCGCUUGGGUCAAUGACAGGCGUUUCUCAUCCGUGCAGUUGAAUCACACGGGUCCGAGCGGCUCGCGUGGCCGGACUGACCAGCAACCCGGCGCGGCGGCACGUCUGUCUGACUUGUUGCAGUCCGUGACGAGUGCCAUGGAUGCAGUGGCCCUCAUUCUGGACGCCAUCGUCUUCAAGUUGGCGGACAUGUUUGGGCUGGACGUGGCCGAAAUCGACAAGAAACAUCCCGUCUCCAAGUAUGGGGUUGACUCGCUCAUCGCAGUCGAGUUACGCAAUUGGCUGGUCUCCAGCGCCGGAGCCGAGACAACAAGCAUAUUCGACGUGCUGCAUAGCCCAAGCUUAAGUGUUUUGGCCGAAAAGAUUGGAGAGAAGAGUCGCUUUGUUGCGAGUGUGGUAAAGCCUGCAUAG